AUGGAUUCAGUGCCAGUUCCCGUUUCUCUACAUUCACUUGCUUCGUCUGUUCCGUUUCUUAAUGGAACGAACUUCUCAGAUUGGAAAGAACAAGUUCAAUUCCAUCUUGGUGUUCUAGACCUUGACUUAGCACUUUUAUUUGAGAAACCGACUGCUAUUACUGAUAUAAGCAAUGCUGAAGAAAAGGCUUCGCAUGAAGCAUGGAAGAAAUCAAACAUACUAAGCCUUAUGCUUAUGCGAAUGACUAUAGCAAACAAUAUCAAGUCAACUCUUCCAAAAACUGAUGAUGCUAAAGAAUAUCUUGACAAAGUGGAAAAACGUUUCCGAACUGCUGAUAAGUCUCUUGCAGGGACACUGAUGGCUAAGCUUACCACCAUGAAAUUUGAUGGUACACGUGGGAUACAUGAGCAUGUCCUUGAAAUGACCAAUUUGGCUGCUCAAUUAAAGAAUUUAGGGAUGCAUGUAGAUGAUUACUUUCUUGUACAGUUUGUUCUAAAUUCUCUGCCUCUUCAGUAUGGGCCAUUUCAAAUUAGUUAUAACACUAUGAAGGAUAAGUGGAAUGUAAAUGAAUUGGCCAGUAUGCUUAUGCAAGAAGAGGCAAGACUUAAGCAGUUGGGACAACAUUCUAUUCAUCUCAUAAAUCAAGGUGCCGAAAAGAGAGAGAGGAAGCCUUAA